UUCGAAAUAGGGGAAGUGGUUGAAAGAAUUCAGAUCAUCGGACGAGAACUGGAAGCCGUGACACAAUCGUCAUUCUUCUCUUGCAUGGGAGAAUAAGUUUCCUCCCCCAAUUCCAGAUACUGGACAAAAUGUUUUUGGUGGGAUUGACAGGUGGCAUUGCAUCAGGAAAAAGUACAGUAGUAGCUCUGUUGCAGGAACUGGGUUGUGCUGUAAUUGAUGCUGAUGUUAUAGCUCGGCAAGUGGUCCAGCCAUACUUCCAGGCAUAUCGACGUAUUGUGCAUUCCUUCGGUCCAGAAAUUCUUUUGGAGAGUGGUGAGAUCAACCGUGAGGCUUUAGGAAAUAUAAUUUUUUCCCAACCAGAAAAACGUCAAUUGCUAAACUCCAUCACUCAUCCUGAGAUCCAGAAGAAGAUGUUAAAAGAGAUCUUGAAAUACUUUGUCUUGGGCUAUCGAUAUGUGAUUCUUGAUAUCCCGCUCCUCUUCGAGAGCAAAAUGCUGACCAGAUUCAUGAAGCACACAGUUGUUGUGUAUUGUGACCCACAAGUCCAGCUGUCUCGCUUGAUGCAGAGGAAUGGGCUGACUCAGACAGAGGCAGAAGCACGCAUUUUUGCCCAGAUGCCCCUUGCUCAGAAGGUCAACUUGGCUGACCAUGUCAUUGAUAACUCAGGAGAUGCUGAGGCCACUAAGAAGCAAGUCCUGAAAUUACAUACAGAGUUGGAGAACUCCUUGGAGUACCUUGUGGUGCGCUUAUUGGUUGUAGGAGCAACAGUGGGAGUGGGAGGCCUCGUGUACUUUCUAGUGCAGCAGCUUGCGUGAUAGACUGUUCUUUCAUUAUCAAAGAGGGCAGAGGAAAUCUAGACCUUUAAUUUAGAUUGCAUUGCAUUUAUGCAUAAAAGAUUGAUAAUGGGACAAGAAGGGAUUUUAGUGGGGACUUGGAUUAGUAAGUGGACCGCUGGGUUAGCGGUGGUGAUUGGGGAACAGUACAUUAAUUUAAUAAGCAAAGAAUUUAAGUGCUGUUCUCAUAUUAGUUUUUGGAAUGAGAAUAACUGCAAGUUUCUUUAAAAAAAAAACUUACCGUUGGAUGAGAUCUGCUAUUAACCAUCCCUUAGAAACAUUUACUUUUGUGGCUCCUUUAAAGAUAGCAAUAGCAUUUAGACUUAUAUACCACUUCACAGUGCUUUACAGCCCUCUGUAAAGCGGUUUACAGAGCCAGCAUGUUGCCUCCAACAAUCUGGGUCCUCAUGUAAAUCAACAUCCAUUAUUACUUCUGUAGGAGUGGGUGAGCAGUAAACAUAACCCAAACACCUCCUACAAGGAAAUAAAUCAAAUCUGUAGCUUUUCACUAAGACCUUAUGCUGCCUCAUAUUGUGCAAUGUCUUUUUAUUAAAAUGAAUAAUUUUAAUAAACUGAACUCAGUGUUACACAACCAGCUUAUCUUCAAAUAUAGAUUUUUUAUUGAACAUUAUAACUAUCAGUCGAAGAGGUAAUGUAAUGCUGUAAUGUACCAAUAAUGUAGUAAGUUUCAUAUAAUCAGAGAAUCUUGACUACUUCACGCGUCUGCAAAUGUUUUGAGAAAGUCACAAGAUUUCUGUAAGUAUUAUGGAGAUGCAGAGAAACACUGCAGAGUCCACUUUUGAAACACAACUCAGGCUGAAACAUACUCCUAUAAUCUUAUAGUUAGAGAGCUUUGGAACAUGCCUAAGAUACUCUUAAGGUUGUAGGUUAUUAUCUUAUUCUACUGCACCAAAAAGAGUUGGAAGUCAAUUCUUUUCUUUUUCUUAUCCUUUUUUCCUCUUUCCCUUCUCCCAUUAUUCUUUUUCCCCAUUAUUCUAAUUUUUCUUUGUAUUUCUGUAUUUUAUAUUUCAAUAAACACCAAUCAUGAUGGCGAAUAACUGGUUGCAAUCAGAUUGUUGCUCAGUUACAUUACAAUCUUAAUAUAAGAUUGUUGUUCAUGUAAAGUUGCUACUGUUGCUGAUAUAUAUAAAGAAAUUAUAGAUCAUAUUAAUACAUUCAUUAUUUUGUAAUAGUCUAAUCAAAAUGUAUAGAAGUUGUGCAGGAAAAUAAAGUUGAAAUGAGGAUCAGCUCCUGACAAGCCUAGUUUUGCAUUCCAGUGUGAUUGUUAGAAGGUCCUUGUUCCAUCACUAUAAGCAAUGUCUAUAUAUCAAGGAGUUAAUCAUGGCUUGCAGGCAAUAUAUUCAAUAAAUUCAAGUACAGUAACUUUAUUUUAUUUCAGAACUGUAUGGUUCUGUGAAAGUAGAUAUUAGUAUAGAGAAAUGCUUCAUUCAUAUUCUUGAAAGGGUUAAAUGUGGUCAAUUCGUUUAUAAAUUUUGGCUUAUUUUCUUACACACUCCAGUUAUUCAUCUUUGGUACAAGUGGAGUUUCAUAGCUGCAUCCACAAAUAUGAAAUUGUAAGGUAACUGGACUCUCUUUUAGAGCCAAGAAAUGUGAAGUUUUAACAGUGCUGCUCAUAGGACUCAAAAAGCUAAGCUAGCGAGAAUGUGUUGGUGCAGUCAUACUUUUUUCACAAAUAACAAAUCUGUGUUUGCCAUGGUAGCAGACGCCAAGUAUAAUUCAGUUUUCAUUAAGAAUAUGUAUAUAGUAUGUUUCAUAGUGGUAUGUAUGUCCCUACUUUUGACUACACUGCGUUUUCAAAUGUGUACUUCAGGCAAAUAUUAUUUGUACUACUGAUUUUUCUCCAUUCCUGUCAAAGUAAAAGCUGAAGGAAGGGGUAGGUAAUAGGCGGGUCAAAAAUCUUAACACCUGAAUACUAUAGGUUUGGAGGAUUUCCCAAGGCACAAGGAAGCCAAAGGACAGAGAGCUCCCCCCACCCCACUCCAAGACAACCUAGGAAAAGAUGCAGAAUGAAUCAUAUUUAUAUUUAUUUAUUUAUAUUUUAUUGAAUUUGUAUACCGCCCUACUCCCAAAGGACUCAGGGCGGUGAACAGCCAUAGAAUAAAACAUAUAGAUACAAAAUUUAAAAUAAACUAAAACAAAUUAAAUAAUUUUGCUGAGCAAAUUUAAAACCCCAAUAAUUUAAAACCAAAUUUAAAAUUUCCAUUUAAAAAGGGGAAAGACUUACGUCAGGCCAGCUUGAUGAAAUAAGAAAGUCUUGAGCGCGCAACGGAAGGUACGCAGAUCCGGGAUCCUCUGUAUCUCCGGGGGGAGCUCGUUCCAGAUAGUAGGUGCCCCCACAGAGAAGGCCCUCCCCCUGGGGGCCACCAGUCGACAUUGUUUGGCCGACGGCACCCGGAGGAGCCCCUCUCUAUGGGAGCAUACUGGUCGGUGGGAGGCUAUUGGUGGUAGCAGGUGGUCCCAUAAAUAACCAGGUCCUAAGCCAUGGAGCGCUCUAAAGGUGAUAACCAAAACCUUGAAGUGCACUCGGAAAACCACCGGGAGCCAGUGCAGCUCGCGCAGGAGAGGUGUUACAUGGGAGCGCCACGUCGCUCCCAUCACCACCCGCGCGGCUGCACUCUGUGCCAGUUGGAGCCUCCGAGUGCUGCUCAAGGGGAGCCCCAUGUAGAGAGCGUUACAAUAGUUCAAUCAUGGAUUGAAAAGAGGGAAUUUGUAUAAAGAAAAGUACAGGUAGUCCUCUACUUAUGACCAAAACAGCGCAAUAUUUCUGCUGCUAAGUGAGACAGUUGCUAAGUGAACUUUAUUCCAUUUUAUGACCUUUCUUGCCACAGUUGUUGAAUGAAUCACUGCAUUUGUUAAGUUAGAAACACAGUUGUUAAGUGAAUCUGGCUUCCCCAUUGACUUUGCUUGUCAGAAAGUCACAAAAGGUGGUCACAUGACCCCAGGACACUACAACCGUCAUACAUAUGGGUCAGUUGCCAAGCAUUUGAAUUUUGAUCACAUGACCACAGGGAUGCUGCAACCAUUGUAAGUGGGAAAAAUUGUCAUUAGUCACUUUUUUUCAGUGCUGUUGUAACUUCGAAUGGUCUCUGAAUGAACUGUUGUAAGUCAAGGCCCUGCUAUUCUACUAGGUAGAAUAGAAUAGAAUACUCUAUUUGGCCAAGUGUGAUUAGACAGACAAGGAACUUGUUUUUGAUGCAGAAGCUCUUAGUAUACAUGCAAAACAGAGUAAUAAUUAUCAUAUUAAUGGUAUCAAUAAGAGAAGGUAAUAGAGAAGACAAGAAAGAUAAUAAUAAUGCAGCCCUUCUACAUGGAUAAAUAUCCUUGGACAUAAACUAAGGAUUAUGUGGGAAUUAGUGUUCAGCAGAGUGAUGGCACGAGGGGGAAAAACUUUCCCUGUGUUUAAUUGUUUUGGCAUUCAAUGCCCUAUAGCAGCAUCCUAAGGGGAGGAGUUGAAACAAAUUAUGUCCAGGAUGUGAGGGGUCUGCAUAUAUCUUCUCAGCGCUCCUUCUGACCGGAGCAAUAUAUAGAUCUUCUAUGGGAGGCAGGUUGGUUGCAGUCUUAACUAUCCAUUGGAGUCUCUAUUUGUUCUGUUUCGUUUCUGUACCAAACCAAACAAUUCUAGAAGUACAAAUGACAGAUUCAAUAAUUCCUCUGUAAAACUGUAUCAACAGCUCCUGGGGCAGUCUAAAUGUCCUGAGUUGGCACAAGAAGAACAUUCUUUGUUGUGCUGUUGUGUUGUUCUACCUAGACAUACCAUUAAUGUCUAGAAGUCAUAGGAAACAUUAUUGGAUAUGGGACAUCUUUCUUUCUUUCUUUCUUUCUUUCUUUCUUUCUUUCUUUCUUUCUUUCUUUCUUUCUUUCUUUCUUUCUUUCCUUCCUUCCUUCCUUCCUUCUUUUCCUUCUUCCUUCCUUCCUUCCUUCCUUCCCUCCCUCACUCCCUUUCUUCCCCCUCCUCCUUAAGAUUCUACAUGUUUUAUUUUCAUGUGGAAAGGUGUUAUGUGACAAAAUGAAGUUUAAAGUAUUCCCAACCUUGACAAAAAAGAAAUGCUACCAAAUGUUUUAGCUCUACAUGGAGGCCCCUGUGGGGUGCUGGGGUUGCAUAAGGUUCUUAAAUGUUCCAAAUAUGGUUUAAAAUUAGAUUAAAUAUUAAAUUUAAUAUUAGAUUAAUAUUAAAUUUAUUAUGGCUAAAUGGGAAAGAAGAAAUAAAGUGGGAGACUGUUUUAUUAUUGACUUGGAGUCAAGGGCAAUACUGACUUUGAAAGAAGGGGAUAAAAUAAGAUAGUGGAUAGAACUAUUGUCUUUUACAUGAAAUUCAAUCAAUCAAUUCAUUCCAGGCGGUACCUGCCCUCUGGAAUGAAUUGCCCCCGGAGAUUCGUAUGAUCCCUGACCUACGUACCUUUCGCCGUGCACUUAAGACUUUACUGUUUCAACAAGCUGGGCUGGCUUAAUAACGAAUUUUAAUGGGUGUUUUAGUUUUUAAUAUAGGGCCAAAUUAUUUAAUAUGUUUUAAAUUGUUUUUAAAUGUUAUGGAUAUGUGUAUUUUAUUGUGGCUGUGCACCGCCCUGAGUCCCUCGGGUGAAGAGCGGUAUGAAAAUUUAAACAAACAAACAAACAAACAAAUAAACAAAUAACAAAUAAAUAAAUAAAUAAAUAAAUAAAUAAAUAAAUAAAUAAAUAAAUGCAUAUGUGACAUGAAAAGGAAUGGGGCUUUGGUUGCAGGGUUUCAUAUACUAUAUUGAGUUGUUUUUUUAGCCAUCCCCUACUCAUCUGAGCUGAUUGCAGGGUUAGAAAAUGCAGACCCAGGGUGUAUUAAGUCUACAAACCAUCCAUUUUUACAUUGAUGCCUUCCUGAUGUGUUGAGAGCCAGUAGUGGUUAAGGCACCAGGCUAGAAUCCAGGAGAUUGUGAGUUCCAGUCCUGCCUUAGACAUGAAAGCUGGCCUGGUGAGAGUGGCCAGUAACCACUCAGGGUGGUUGUUGUGGGGAAAAUAGGAGAAAAAGUUAGAUAUGUUUGCCUCCUUGAAUUAUUUAUACAAAUAGUAAAGAUGGAUGUUAGACUUCUAUGUAAGACACUAGUUUACAAUCCAACACGACAGGAAGUUAUCAGACUGGAUAAUAUUGUACUAGACUGAUGAGACCUUUGUGCUAAAAAAGGAAAUUUUGUUUAAUUUUUACUGCAGCAUUGUGCCAUCUGCAAUAGCUAAAAGGCAGAAUUCCAGAUAAUUAUUUUGAAGUAAUCAGCCAACUAUUUAGCUAUAAGCUUUAAUAAUAACACUUGUGAAAGUACAGACAGGCAGUGCCUUGUAUAUCCAGCAGAGGGCAGUGAUAGCCUAGUUUCAUUCUAGCUGGUUAAACAGUUCAAAGAACAAAAUUAUUUUGUAUUUCUGCAUAACCAAUCUGUAGAACCUGUGGUUCCCCCAAAAGAAAAUGCAGUAAGCACUAUAUUCUCUGCAUUAUAAAUUUUCUCUUGAUAAACGAUGCAGAGAAGCCCUACAGUCAGCACUUUAAUUUGAUUUUUGCUUUGGAAAAGUGACCAAAUGAAAAUGGUGGAUAAAGGAAAAUGGUGGAUAAAAAUUAGGUUAAGUCAUUUGACACUGAUUGGCUCUACAACCUCUCUCUCUCUUGGCUUAAAUCUUACUUUUGCCAUCAGUAACUAAUAUACUGGACCACUGCUACUUUCAUAAUGCAGCUAUUUACAUUAAAGGCUAAAUUACUAAGAGUUUGAGAAGUUGGAAUGCAUAAAAUAUUGAGGAAGGUGGGAAAUAAAGAACAGAAGUAAAGGAGAGAAGCAAGUACAGAAGAAUUGCAUGGAAUAAAUGGGCUCAUGGAAAUAUUUCAACCAUUUCUAAUCCAUUGUUCUUCAGAUAUAUUGCCCUAUAAUUCUUGGAAUUCCCAGCCACCUUGGAUAAAAUGAUAAAUUCUAGGAGAUGCCAUACGGAUUGCUGUAAAAGCUUCUAAAUUUUUUGAACUGAGAAUUUCCCCAUCCAAUUAUUUUUCCAGGACACAGCAAUCAAGUGUUUCAUAUUUUUAUACAAUUACUAUUUUUUUUUCCUUUUCAUUAUUAAACAAAGAUAAUUCCAAAGCAUGUAUACAAUAAGAUUAAACAACAAGAAAAACUGCAGAAGAUAAUAAAAUCCUAGCUUUGCUGGUUAUAGAGGGGAUGAAUCAUCUAUUAUACAAAAGUAUACAAAAUUGUCAGAUAUAUAAAGACUUAAUGCAAUGAAAACACACUUUUUCAUGUAUUUGAUGUUGGUAGUGCUGGAUUGUGCCUAUUUCUGUAUAUGUUUUUCAAUGAACUACUAAUAAUAUAAUUUGCAUAUCCUAGAAUGUGUUUAAAACUCACAUUCUAUUAAUAAAACAAUGAUGGAAUCAA